AUGUCUUCCAGAAAGUCUACACGUAGAGAAUAUACGAUUGUCACUGAUCAUCCAUCAUUUCCUGAUAUCGACUGGAUUCGAACUUACGAAAUCUUCAGAGCUUGCUCCACUAUGCGUCGCGAACCGCCAGCCGUUAUUGAUCCUAGUUGGAUAUCAUGCAAUCCUGCUGACAUUUGUAGCUUGGUGACGGAGGCAGCCAAAGCGGAAGAUCCGAACCUGAAAUUCCCGAACCCCGCCCAAAUGGCGAAGACUCUGAGACAUGCGCUCGAAGAACGCCUUGAUGAUGCGAUGGAAUUUUCCGAGUUUGUACAACAAAACAUAGAAUACAGUCUGAACGUCAACAUAGAAGGAGCCGAAAAGAAGAAGCUUGUGAUCGAACUCUGUCCGCCCAAAGCCUGCAAGUCCAACGCUCUAAAUCGCACCUAUGGAGCCGAAAAAUUUCUGGUCGUGACACUCAGUGAGAAAGUACUUCGUGAAUUGGAGUCGGAAUCGGUGAACACAUCCCCUCAUGCGAGCUUCUUUACUCAGCCAUGGCGGAUCGGUAAUCGCGUUUACCACACCGUUUUGCGGAAAGCAGCGAAAAUUUACAUGGUGCACAUCAACCAGUCCGACUCGCCGGAUUGGAGUGCGCUUGCGAAUUUCAUGAACGGGAUCUUGGACAUAUCACUUAAUAAGAACCUGUCCGAGGCCAAAUGGGUCUCAAGAGGCUCGCUUCUUCUUUCUGCUACCCUUCCUACUAUCGAUAUCCCCCCUGAGAAUAUCCGAAGAGUGCCUGAUGUGAUGUCAAAUUCGCUUCUUGUCUCACCGGACUUCAUGAACACGAUAGCCGAUGCUCUUGGACUGACUUACUUACCAUGGGAAAUCCCGCAUACAGAAGGACGAGAUUCCCCUCUGAUACAGCUUUGGGAAGAUCAUCGCAUUUUUGAGACAACAGCUUGUUUCAGCUUCAAGGCUUACUGUUAUAACAGAGUAGACCGGGAAUUCAAGCUGGUCGAGGAAAGUAUGGCACUUUGCCGUCAAUUGUGUCAAGUUGUCCCAGGAAAAGUUGGUAAAGCUGAAAUAAUGACUGACGGUGCGGCAGCACUCAGUCGGGUGGCAGCAUUACAUAUAUCAUCUGUGAAAGGUCUUCGGCCCACAUUCUUGCCAUCGGUAUAUCAAGGGAGAAUAGGGUUUGCCAAAGCCGCUGUCAACCAGGUUCUUGCUUCAAGAAAAAUACCUAAUUCAGUCUUCGAAGAACUCGUCGACGAAGCUCUUAAAAGCUGUGUGCAUGCGUUCGAGACGUCGGACCCGAUGAAACUUGUUCAUGCGCUUUCCAACGAGAGUUCCAUCUCUGCCUACCGUAAACGCAGAGUAGUGACCCAAGAUGGCAGUAAUGGAAUUGAUCACGAUCCCACCAUAAAUCGGACAUUUGGCAAGACCUUGCCCCUAGAAAGUCGGAUUUCAGACCAAACCUCGGACAAGCUUCAACAGUUCUCAUUGCAACCGACCGAUAUUCUAGAAUACCUUAUAUGCCUGCUUGAGGCUGGCUUUUCGGCGAGUAACAGGCUGGUGGUUGAGAAAUUGAGAUGGGUUAAAACUCAUAAGUUACUUCAAAUGCGACGUCUCAGUAUUCCUAUCAGUCUCAGCUGUUAUGUUUAUGCGAUUCCAGAUCCAGACUCUACAGGAACCCGACAUGGGAUCUUGGCCCGACACGCUUUGAUAUGGAGAUCACCGUGUGCGGCUCCGAUUGAUAUUCAAAAGGUACGAUUGGUCGCAAACGAGCAAUUACAGCGUUUAUACUUUGAUGUUCUCGUUUGUUCAACUCGUGGGGGUAGGGCUGUACUUAGCCUUCUGUCUGGAGGUGACUAUGAUGGCGACCAAGUUGCUGUAACUUGGGAUAAGAGAUUAGUCGAUCCAUUCCAAAAUGCGGAUCCGGAUGCUUAUGACGAGAUAAAAGAAAAAGACUGGUUUGAUUCCAAGCUUGCAGGAUCAAUUGGAGAUAGUCUUUUAGAGCCCUACCGUCGCAACCCAGAAAGAUUUGUCAAAAAGGCUCAGGAAAUUCUCAUCGAUGAACUGUUUACUCCUUCUAGCUUUUCUGCAUAUUCUGGGCGCUGUCAUUAUAUACUAGGAGCUGAUAAUGACUUGACACUUACGAUGGGAUGGAUCUAUGUUACUUGCCUCGAUGCUGCCAAAAAGGGGCUCGUUCUCAAGAAAACAAAGGACUAUGAGAUAGUUCAACGAUACCAAAAGGAGCUAGCCAAACUUGGUGUUGAGCUAGAGAAAAAUGGCUACGCUCCCACUCCCUUCUUCCAGAAAAGCUUGGCUCGAAAUGAAAAAAAAUGUAUCAAACCGUACAAGAGGCCGGAAAGCAUUAGCUCAGAGCCAUAUGUUCUUGAGGUUGUAUACGAGACAGUCACUGCAGGUUCUGACCGAUACACACAUAAUAACAAAUCAUAUGACGAUGCUACUCACGGGCGCCGUGCCCUGGACACGGAUGAUGAUCUACGUAGACUUUUUUCCGACCAGAAGAAGAGCUUUGAUAAGCCGCACCCAAAGCCGGGGCACCUAGCAGCUUGGGGGGCAGCCGGAGUGUGGAAUGGAGUACUUAAACAGAUGCAGCGUGAGAUUGCGGACUUACAAAAGGAACACGCCAAGAUGACAGCCAAGAUGCAAAUCCAACAGGAAAACGAUCAAACCAUACAAGAAGAAGAACAUUAUGUACCAGAAAUGGGUAAACAGAAAAUGCUUUUAAUGAGGCCAAUCUUGAACAACUACCACUUGCGAUUAAGUUGGAAAAAUGCGUACAACGAGAGUGAAGCCGAGAAACAGUUCUUCGCUCAAGUUGGCCCUGUUUCUGAAUCAGAAGAAAACGCGUUUCACCAAGGAAAAGAAGGAUAUCUCAAUGGAUUGGGUCCUGAUGGGUAUGCACUCUUAAAAGCUUCAUGUGCAGCUUCAAAUUCGAAUGCCGAAGGAUAUUUUCCUUAUGAUGUUGCGUUUCGGGAGGCUCAGGCAUCCGUGAAAAAUACGUAUGGUCAUUCUGGUUUUAGAUUACCAGGGAUCGAGCACGAAUCACUCUCACCAUGGACACUUGAAAGUAUCAGUCAUUAUGCAAUGCUCUCUAAAAGGAUACUCUACAAUAAGAGGGCAGCUACAAUGGCUGAAGUUUAA